GGUUGGCCGACAGUGUUGUGGUCCCUUUGUGAGUCUCUCCACAGUGCUCUCCCCUGGCUGAGGUUCGCUGCAGCUGUGGCUUCUCAAUAGGGCUUAUUGUAGACGCGCGGAGUGUGAGCGAGCAGCGCAGUGAUUGAGCGGAACGGAGGGAAAGACGCCAGUAGUGCAGGGAUGCUCCUGAAUAUGUUUCCUUCACUCAUUCGGGAAGAGCGCGUCUAGAGCGGCUGCGACGUGACGGAAUCCCUCUGCAUUUUCACAAGAACAUUCACAAUUUAUAAACGCGAAGGACCAGGAGGAAAAGGUUUGAGAGCUUCAGCUACAAUCAUCGUUCAUUCCUGUGGUCUCCCCCAUCAAUCACCAGUCAGACGGUCUGCUCUAUCCUGCUACCCACGCCAGUGCUGAGGGUGGUGCACAGUUUCCCAGGAGCCACCUCUUAGCCUCAAGAUCUUUGGUGCCUCUUCAAUACGGAGGAGUGUAUUUUUUAUUUCCUUCUUUUUUUUUUUUUUACUCUCAUCCUUUCAUCCAAAUAAUGCAGAUCGGCUCUGCAGUGUGGACUGGACUGACUGUAAUGACUAUGUUGCUGUUAGCCCAGUGGGACAUGGGCUGCUGGGGGAUGACUCUGAACUCUAUCCCACUUCGUCUGGCUUCCCUCAGGCCCCUCAGAACUAGUGUGGGUGUAUCUCUUCAAAGACACAAGCGCAACUGGGUGUGGAACCAAUUCUUCGUCCUGGAGGAGUACACAGGAGAUGACCCUCUUUAUGUUGGCAAGCUUCAUUCGGAUGUGGACAAAGGUGAGGGCAAAGUAAAAUACGUGCUCACUGGUGAAGGUGCAACCUCUAUUUUCACCAUUGAUGAGAACACAGGCGACAUUCAUGCCACGAAGCGCCUGGACCGGGAGGAACAGGCCUACUACACGCUGCGAGCUCAGGCCCAAGACCGUGUCACCAACCUGCCAGUCGAACCAGAGUCUGAAUUUGUUAUCAAAGUGCAGGAUAUCAAUGACAAUGAGCCCAAGUUCCUGGAUGGCCCUUACAAUGCUCAAGUACCCGAAAUGUCUCCUGUCGGCACAUCUGUGGUUGAGGUUAAGGCGACUGACGCAGAUGACCCCACAUAUGGAAACAGUGCCAGAGUCGUGUACAGCAUCCUUGAAGGACAACCCUAUUUCUCUGUGGAACCAAAGACAGGCAUUGUGAGGACGGCUCUGCCCAACAUGGAUCGAGAAGCACGGAAUCAAUAUCUGCUGGUAAUCCAUGCCAAAGACAUGGUUGGUCAGAUGGGAGGACUCUCAGGCACCACAUCGGUGACGGUCACACUUACGGACGUUAACGACAACCCACCCCGUUUUUCAAGGAGGAAGUUAUGUUUUGUCAGUGAUAUGAAGGAGGCUCGGAAGAAUCUCGACUUUGAAAAAAAGUCAAGCUACACUCUGAAAAUUGAAGCAUCCAACAGGAACAUAGACCCACGGUUCUUGUCUCAAGGACCGUUCAGUGAUACAGCGAUGGUGAGGCUGACUGUGGAUAAUGUAGAUGAGCCUCCUAUCUUCUCUCCGCUCAGCAAAAUGGUUGUCUCUGAAGCUGCUAAAAUGGGAACCAUCAUAGGAACCAUCUCUGCUCUGGACCCAGAUUCAACCAAUAGCCCCAUUAGGUAUUCAAUAGACAGAAACACGGACUUGGAGCGAUUUUUCAACAUUGAGUCAACAACAGGAGUCAUCAGCACGGCUAAGCCUUUAGACAGAGAAGUCAAUGCUGUACACAACAUCACCAUCCUGGCUAUUGAAAGCUUGGAUCCGUCGCAGGUUGGGAAAGGAGUGGCUCUGAUCACGGUGAUGGACAUUAAUGACAACGCACCAGUUUUUGCCAUAGAGUAUGAGACCAUCCUGUGUGAAAGUGCUGGGCCAGGACAGGUCAUUGAAACCGUAAGUGCAGUGGAUAAAGAUGAACCACCCAGCGGGCAUCGCUUCGUCUUCUCCCUCACUGUAGAGACAGCUGGGAACAUGAACUUCACCCUCCGAGACAAUAAAGACAAUACUGCUUCUAUUCUAACUAAGAGGGGUGGUUUUCAGAGGAGGGACCAGGCUAUGUAUCGACUGCCGGUGUUGAUAGUGGACAGCGGGACCCCUGCUCUCAGCAGCACUAACACGCUGUCUAUUCGAGUGUGUGACUGUGACCCUGAUGGGACACCCCAGUCAUGUGGCACAGAGGCCUUCAUGCUGUCAGCUGGACUCAGCACUGGAGCUUUCGUUGCCAUCCUGGCCUGCAUCAUCACUUUACUUGUGCUGGUGCUGCUGAUUGUGACAAUGAGGAGGAGGAAGAAGGAACCUCUGAUCUUGGACGAAGACCGGGAUGUGCGGGAGAACAUUGUGCGCUACGACGACGAAGGAGGAGGUGAGGAAGACACAGAGGCCUUUGACAUGGUGGCGUUGCGAAACCUCAAUGCAGUGAGAGACAGCAAAGCCCGCCGUGACGUCACCCCGGAGGUGCCCACCCUUUAUUGCUCCCGCCCUCCCCCUUACAAAAUCACCCCAGACAACGGGAUCUUCCGGGAGUUUAUAUGGGACCGCCUGAAGGACGCCGACGUCGAUCCUUCCGCGCCUCCCUACGACUCCCUGCAGACAUACGCUUUUGAGGGCAGCGGCUCAGUGGCCGAAUCCCUCAGCUCCCUGGAUUCCCUGAGCACAGACUCGGAGCAGAACUAUGAUUAUCUGAGCGACUGGGGACCUCGCUUCAGGAAGUUAGCCGACCUGUAUGGCCACGGCGACAGCAGCAAUAUAUUCUCCUCCUAGCCGGGAUUAAAAUUCCUGCCAAGGUCUGCUCAAUCAAGGGCAUAAUGGAAAUGAACAAUGAUCAAGACAAUACCACUGACUCAUUGAUGCUUGACGGAAGAGGGGAGCAAAAAAAUAGGAACAUUCAAUGCGUAGGGGGAAGUUAUAUCUGCAGAGAGCAGCGGUUUUGAUAACGAAUAGACGGUGGAGAUUUGAGUCUGAAGCGCUUCUAUUUAAAUUGCAGUUAGUUGCCAAGUCUGCACUUGGGGUGUGGUUGCAAGCGCCCAAAGAGCGAUCUUCGGGCCCAAGAGAAUAAUGGACAGUGGACGGCAGGGCCAUGUGAGCUGGUCCAGGAAUACCAAUUGUUUCAAAGAGACAUUUGAAGUGCUCUACCCAUGGUUAUAAAUGAGAACAGUGCCAUCCAGCUAGCCAUGCUGCAGUGAUACUCGAAAAAUCAAUGUUUCUGUUCUAUCAGAUGUUUCUAUGGAAAAAAAGUCAAUCUAAAUUCAGCAAACGAGUACACCGAUAUCUUUUCCCAACGCAUUGCCUUGCGAGGAACUGCAACUGUUGCUUUGUAAAAAAUCCUUUAUGCAUAGCUUCACGUCUGUUAUCAGGCCUUAGUUCUGUGCCAAAAUUUGGGUCGAGGCGCAUCGCUAUCACAACUUCUGAAGUAUCCCGCAGUUCCGCAGACCAAAAUACAAGUCAAACUCAUAGUGAAUAGACUUUGAUGUAUCGAGCAGGAUAGGCCGGAGUGGAUUUAAUCAUUGACAAUGUAUAGUACUUGCCUUUCAGUUGAGGCUGUCAACCAGAGUUAUUUUGAGAUGUUAUUUUGUAAGUUUGUAGAGAGAACCCUUAUGACAGCAAGCGUUUGAAGUGGAGUCUUUUGUAUUAAGCCUAUUCCAUUCUUUGAAACCCUCAGUCUCAGUGGAGAAACUCAAAGCGGCGAAAUGUUUUUGUAGUGCUCUAUGCUGUCCCGUGUACAGUUUUUUUUUUUUCUCUGCAGUGGUUCUUGCUGAAUAUCUUGUGAGAGCUGUUUGUUUUAAAGCAGGCCUGUUGUCAAUAUGAGUCUGAGUGGCAAACUGUAAGGGAAAAAAUAAUGUAAAGACAUUAUCUUAAAUAAUAUCUGGCGACGUGUGAAAUGGUGUAUAACAUACGGACAACACAGACCUUACUACUACUACAGUAUAUUCAAUGUUUAGCUGUUGUCCAACAGGUUAUUAUCAUGAUUUUGAAUUGUAUCGAUAUGAAAUGACAGUAACACAUGCUCAAUCCUAAAGCUGGGAAGACAUUUUGUACAGAUUUUUGUAAUAAAGCACAUGAAUUGCAGCAUACGUUGUGGCCAUUUCCUCAUGACUCCUUUCAUUCAUUCGGACAGCCAGACGGUGGUGCAUAUUUUGAUGUGGAGAUCUUACUGCUAAAGUGGCU